AUGAGGUGUGUUACCUCGUUUGUAGUUUUGUGUAUUCUCAUGUUCCUUGUGGUAAACAAUGUUAAAGUAGAUGUGAAAGCACAACGAAGGAAACCUGUUUGUAAAUUGACUGGUGUCCUAAACCCUGGAAAAUGUCCCACAGCUAUACAUGAUGCAAGCAACUUGUGUAGUCGCAAAUUGGCUUCACCUAAUAUGACAUUUAAGCGUUGCGACUGUCAAAACACUGAAUGGCGAGGGAAAGACCACUAUCAAUGCACAUGUUAUAUAAAACUCCCUUGCAACCAAUAG